CCUCGGCUUUCUCAACUGCUACAUCGCGUAGGGGGGGGGGGGGGGCAUCGAGACCAUCGCCAACGAAGUACAGGCGACAGGUGUACCCCGGCCUGUAUAUCUUUGGGAUCAAGAAAUAGAGCCAUUGGAAAUGCAGCUAAGAGCCAGAUAGUCACAAAUGUAAGAAAUACAAUUCAUGGCUUCAAAAAGCUUCAUGGACGAUCAUUUGAUGAUCCUAUUGUGCAAACUGAAAGGAUCAGGAUUCCCUAUGAGCUGCAGAAAAUGCCCAAUGGAAGUGCAGGAAUUAAGGUGCGGUACCUAGAAGAAGAGAGACCUUUUGCUAUUGAGCAAGUUACUGGAAUGCUGUUGGCUAAGCUUAAAGAGACUUCAGAAAAUGCUUUAAAGAAACCAGUAGCUGACUGUGUGAUAUCAAUUCCUAGCUUUUUCACUGAUGCUGAGAGAAGAUCUGUGAUGGCUGCAGCCCAGGUUGCAGGUUUAAAUUGUUUAAGAUUGAUGAAUGAAACUACUGCAGUUGCACUAGCAUAUGGAAUUUAUAAACAGGAUCUCCCCUCGUUGGAUGAGAAACCAAGAAAUGUAGUAUUUAUUGAUAUGGGACAUUCUGCCUACCAAGUCUCACUUUGUGCUUUUAACAAAGGAAAACUUAAAGUCUUGGCUACUACCUUUGAUCCAUAUUUGGGUGGCAGGAACUUUGAUGAGGCUUUAGUAGACUACUUCUGUGAUGAGUUCAAGACCAAAUAUAAGAUAAAUGUGAAAGAAAAUGCUCGAGCCUUGUUGCGUUUAUAUCAGGAAUGUGAAAAACUAAAGAAGCUAAUGAGUGCAAAUGCGUCAGAUCUUCCACUGAACAUCGAGUGUUUCAUGAAUGAUCUUGAUGUUUCUAGUAAAAUGAACAGGGCUCAAUUUGAACAAUUAUGUGUUUCCCUCUUUGCCAGAGUUGAACCACCAUUAAAAGCAGUACUGGAACAAGCUAACUUACAGCGUGAAGACAUAAGUAGUAUAGAAAUUGUAGGAGGAGCAACUCGAAUUCCUGCAGUAAAGGAACAAAUCACUAAAUUCUUUCUUAAAGACAUAAGUACCACAUUAAAUGCUGAUGAAGCUGUUGCAAGAGGAUGUGCAUUACAGUGUGCGAUUCUCUCACCAGCAUUUAAAGUGCGUGAGUUUUCCAUAACAGACAUUGUUCCCUACUCAAUCACAUUACGAUGGAAGACCUCUUUUGAAGAUGGAACUGGGUCUGGGGAAUGUGAAGUAUUCUGUAAGAACCAUCCUGCUCCAUUCUCAAAGGUCAUUACUUUCCACAAGAAGGAACCAUUUGAGCUAGAAGCAUUUUAUACUAAUUUACAUGAAGUGCCUUAUCCUGAUCCAAGGAUUGGGAGCUUCACUAUUCAGAAUGUUUUCCCACAGUCUGAUGGUGAUAGUUCUAAAGUGAAGGUUAAAGUUCGCAUUAACAUCCAUGGAAUCUUCAGUGUGGCUAGUGCAUCAGUAAUUGAAAAGCAAAAUAUAGAAGGGGAUCACAGCGAUGUUCCUAUGGAGACAGAAACGUCAUUUAAGGAUGAAAGCAAAGAUGAUGUGGAUAAAAUGCAGGUUGACCAAGAAGAAGGUCAUCCAAAAUGUCAUGCUGAGCACACCCCUGAAGAGGAAAUUGAUCACACAGGAGCCAAAACAAAGACAGCUCCCUCAGACAAACAAGACCGAUUAAACCAGACCAUUAAAAAAGGAAGAGUCAAGAGUAUUGAUCUACCUAUCCAGAGUAGCCUGUGUAGACAAUUGGGCCAAGAUCUUCUCAAUAGCUACAUUGAAAAUGAGGGGAAAAUGAUCAUGCAAGAUAAAUUGGAGAAAGAGAGAAAUGAUGCUAAGAAUGCUGUUGAAGAAUAUGUAUAUGAUUUUAGAGACAAGCUGGGCACUGUCUAUGAAAAGUUCAUCACUCAAGAAGACUUGAAUAAACUGUCUGCAGUAUUGGAAGAGACAGAAAAUUGGCUUUAUGAAGAAGGAGAGGACCAACCUAAACAAGUUUAUGUGGAUAGGCUUCAAGAACUAAAGAAAUAUGGCCAGCCUAUUCAAAUGAGAUACAUGGAACAUGAAGAGAGACCAAAAGCUUUAACCGACUUGGGGAAAAAGAUUCAACUUGUCAUGAAAGUGAUAGAAGCAUACAGAAACAAGGAUGAAAGAUAUGAUCAUUUGGACCCUGCUGAAAUGGAAAAAGUUGAAAAAUAUAUCAAUGAAGCCAUGGGUUGGCUGAACAGUAAGAUGAAUGCACAGAAUAAACUAAGUCUCACUCAAGAUCCUGUGGUGAAAGUUUCAGAAAUAGUUGCAAAGUCAAAGGAACUGGAUAAUUUCUGUAACCCCAUCAUUUACAAACCCAAACCAAAAGUAGAGGUUGCAGAAGACAAUGCAAAAGCUAAUAGCGAACACAACGGACAGAUGGAUGGACAGAGUGGGACUGAAACUAAACCAGAUACAACAAAAGACAGCUCACAGCAUACUAAAUCUUCUGGAGAGAUGGAAGUGGACUAAGUCUUAAAUUUACCUUCACAUAAUUCAAACAGUGCAAGUAACCAUGGGAUCCAUUCUUCUUUUACAUCUGAUACACACAACAGAUGUUCAGUUGUUCUUGACCACUUUUUGUCAUUUGUUAUUUGGAGUAGUUUUGAAAAGUGUUUUAUAUUGAGUACACAUCUAUUAAUUUCCAUUGCUGCUUAUGUGAAGCUUUAGCUGAAUAUAGAUUUACAAGUCAGUUUAAGCUCUCCUAAUAUAUUUUAUAUCACAUGCAAGAUUGAUAUGUAGUUGGCCACAGUCUACCUUAUUUAAAGCUUCUACUUGGAUAAACUUCAGCUUCUUAUUCAGGAAAGUACACUGUAUUGCACUAUUGUCGCAGAAGCAUAGAUAUAACUGAUCAUUAUUUUGAAAAACAAAUAUUGAAACUGAUGUGGUUUAAAGUCACUGGGGCACUGACUUUUUCCUAGUUAUUGUAUUGUUCUAACUUAAAUAUUAAAACAAAUAAGAGGUUCCUUGACAAAUUAGUCCAUCUCAUUGGUGUGUCAUGAGAACUCCAAAAGCUUUGCUUUCAUCACGUAAAUGAACCAAAUCGCACGUUGAAAGGGAAAAUGCAUAAUUUUAUGUUAAGGUGACACCAGCAGUUUUCUUCCUUUAUUAGAAAUGUGGAUUGAUGUUUUCCUAGAGUAAUUCAGUAUCAUUUUCACUUGAAACUUCUGAUCUACUUGUCCUGAAGAACUGCUGCUGCUACUAGCCUAAAGAAAGCUUUUUUAUGAAAAUACGUUCAUGUGAAGUGGGAAAUGCUGUUGACCUACUCAGACAUGCAUCUGUAAUAUUGAUAGCCUGUUUCAGUUUUGAUAGUUGUUUUAGUUUUAUGAAUUGAUUCUGUUAAUAUCUUAACACAGGGAAGGGGGAAAUGGCACAAUGUAUUGCAUUAUGUACACUUAUCACUGAAGUACUUAAUGUUAAGAUAUAGAAAAACACUAUUAAAUAAGUGGUAAUACUUGAAAAGAAUCACUUAUACCCUAAGUCUUAGGAAAUAAUGCUUGUAAUGAACUUAACUAUGUUACAUAUCAACAGGCAAAAUAGAGAAUGUUACAGAGUUUAAUAUGAUGUGAUUAAAUUAUAAUUCCUGCUAUAUAUUACCUGUUCAGA